GACUCCAAUUCUAUACCUGACUCGUUUCACGCUUUCACUAAUCAAAACUCAUAAAGUAUUCUUGUUUUCUUCUCUGCAGUCCAACUGAGAGUGGCUUACAAUUCUAAUUCAUUUCAUUCAGGUCUCAGUCUUUCUUUUUUGAACUUGGUUUAUAAUCCCAAUGGCACGAACGCGGAAUGUCAUGGUUGCCUCUGGCUUAUUGGCUUUUGCAGCUGCAGGCUUAGCAUUUCCAUUUUAUUUUGCGACAUCCAGGAGACCUGUGGACUCAUCUAAGCCACUUCCUCCGCAGGCAACUUUUCGAGGGCCUUACAUAAACACUGGUUCACGAGAUGUUGGACCUGAUCACCAGACUUACCCAAAGAAAUGAUCCUUUUUGUUUGAAUAACUGCUGUUGGCUGUAAGUGAAUGUAUGCUUACUGCACACUAUGUGAAUUCACAAUGUGUUUGAACUUGGGCAUUCUUUUGGACUAAUGGAGGCGUCUGUGGAGGCUGAUCUAUAAAUUCACUUUGCUUUCUACAGCAUUAUGAGUGAUAGUUUGUUUGGUACUAUCAUGGAAAAAGACAAGUGAAUAUGAAAUUUUUAUUUUGUAAUAACUCAAAUGUGAAAAAAUUAUGACAUCCGCUAUUAGCUUCUGCUUCCAUUAUUUGAAUUGGAAUAUAAAAUUGACUCAGCAAGAUUUCUGGAAUUUUUUUAUCUCUUUGUGGAUAUCUUGUU